UCGAACCUUCAUGCUAGCUUGUCCCAUUGUUGACGGAUAUGGAUGGAAAUAUAGAACAAACUGGAGAAAAAUCACCAAUAAAAAUGACAUUACCUCUGAGCAACGGUCAUAGAAUCGACCAUAACAAACAAAGAUAUCCAAAUUGUAUUGUUUGGACACCCAUACCAUGCUUGACCUGGUUUAUGCCAUUCAUUGGUCACAUGGGCAUUGCAACGAGUACGGGCGUGAUCAGAGACUUUGCUGGACCUUACUUUGUGUCGGAAGAUGAUAUGGCAUUUGGUCGUCCUACAAAAUACUGGCAGUUGAACCCAGAAAAAGUCCGGGGCAGAAAGGGACAGCACCCAAAGGAGACAUGGGACUCGUGUGUGUACGAGGCGUCGGAAGAGUACAAAGGGCGAAUGCACAAUCUGUGUUGUGACAACUGUCACAGUCAUUGCGCCAUGGCCCUCAACUUGAUGGAGUAUGACAACAGUAACAGCUGGAACAUGGUCAAACUGUGCUUCCUUAUGCUAAUAUAUGGGAAAUAUGUCAGUGUCUGCGGUUUUCUCAAAACCUGGCUGCCAUUCCUGAUCAUGGUUGGAGGUUUGGUUGCCCUGCUGGUAGUGUUUACCUGACUUUGAUUUGCACAUUUAUGAGUUGGGAGCCAAGAUUCCUGGGCAUGUUUUGUCAAAUUUGUAUCUGUCUGUUCACAGUUUGACUGUAAAGAUUUGUGGGCGAGUCCUGGAAAUGUAUAUUUGAAACAAGUGAUACAUAUUAAGUUGUUUUUUUUUGGUGAUAAACCAUCAGAUUUUCAAUUGACUGCAUACAUGUAUAUUGUGUCUAUGGCACAUAUCUAUCUAGUUGUAUCUAUUGUGGUAGUGUUGUGCAGUGGAAAAUGUUGUACGCAUGUAUUGUACUUCUGUGAUAUGGACGUGCAUGUUAUAU